AUGGAUGGUGACCUUAUGGUUCUGAAGAGGUCGCUGAGCGAUUUGCUGAGAGCUGGUAAACGCUCGUUCACCGACUGUUCUAGACCGGCGCUCUCUCGUGCCGGCAACUCUGGUUGGAGCUACAUUCCUUCGGACGUGCUGCCCCUGCUCUCCCUAGUGGCCAACGCCUGUGUGAAGCCCCGGUUCCUGCUGCAUUCAAACAAAGCCUCGGAUCCCAACAAGCUCCUCUUCGAGACGGGCUUGGAUUGGAGGGGAUUCGACAUGAUGGCGUCGCUGGUGGAUGCCGGCCAGAAGUUGUACGUCAUCGUGCACGGCUUCCUGAGCAGCGCCAAGACGGAGUGGAUGCAGGACAUGAAGGACGAGAUACUGGACAAGGAAAACGCGUCAGUGGUUCUGGUUGACUGGAGCAAAGGCUGCGGCUCGGUUCUGGGCUACAGCACGGCGGCGGCCAACACGCGCAUCGUGGCCCGGUCGUUGGCGCUGCUGGUCAAGACGCUGGCAGACGCGGGCUCGGUGGGGCCGGAGCGCAUCCACUACAUCGGCCACAGCCUGGGCGCCCAGACGGGAGGAUUUUUCGGCAAGGACGUCAAGCAGCUCACGGGACGGCUCGUUGGACGCAUCACCGGCCUGGACCCCGCAGGACCGCUAUUCGAGUCGCGCGGCAUCCACCUGACAAAAGACGACGCCGCCUUCGUGGAUGUGCUGCACACGAGCAUCGGCAGCGGGUGGACGGACGUGGUCCAGGGCCGGCUGGGAAUGCGUGCCAGUUGCGGUCACGUGGACUUCUACCCGAAUGGCGGCAAGGAACAACCGGGCUGCUGGAGAUUCAGCUCCUGCUCGCACUCGAAGGCGACCGAGUUCUACGCCGAGUCGGUGCGCAAGUGCGACUUCCCGACGCGCUCGUGCGAGAACUACAAGGACUUCGUGGCCGGAAAGUGCGCACCCAGCUGCGAAGACGGCCGCACUUGCGGGCACAUGGGCCACCCGGCUGGAAUGCCGCUGGCCGGCGACCACUACACGAAGACCACGAAGCACCAGUGCCCGCCCAGGGACAUCUUCAACAACCGAAGGGUGCAGGUCGUGUCUCGGAGAAUGGACCCGGACGCGAUGCUGGUGAACUCGCUGGGACGUUCGGCGAGGAUCCUGCUCGAAGAGGCCACGCCCGAAGAACGCCGGGAACUCCUGGACGCGCUCAGAGAGGAGAUGGCUGUGCGCACCGGUCAGCGGUCCGCGUAUGAUGGCCAACCGUUGGAAUGACCGCUAGGGCGAUCGCUAGGCCUGCUAUUAACUUAGGCUUAUAUCUAUGCACUUAUGUAUAUGUAUAGUGAAAUAAAACGAACACUCGCCAAUGGAAAGACAUGUAUAGAGAAAUAAAAGUUCACGUUUCGAGUCCGGUACGGGACCCUUGCUCACAAUGAAAGCAAACGCGGUGGCUCCUGUUUACGUAUGGGAUAGAUGGCGUAGUGUGCGUGUGUAAAUUUCUGGCAGAUCCCCAUGUGGUACUGUUUGUCGCAUGUUGCGUCGUAUGAAUGUGCAGCGAUUCAAGCAUUAGUCUUGCUGGCAGUUUCUUCUUUGUGGCGAUAAUGGAUGCCGAUUUCCAGUCUAUGCAGUGACCUGUGUUCACGUGGUGUUCUGAUAAAGCGUUUAAAGGUGAGUUGCUCUUGGCGACAUCGUACUGAUGCUGUUUUAUGCGUUUUUUUUAAAGUUACCCGUCUCGCCGACAUAGGCUGCAUCCUAAUUGUAUCGUAUGGCUAUCUCUGCACGAUAUUUUAUACACAACACCGCGGUACCUCGAUCGUUCCAAGGGGUCUUUUACGCGCAUCAUUUGACCACGUAACAUGCUUGACAGGACGUGCGCAGCCCAAACGUCGUACUCAUUGAAAACUCUUGCGAAGUCUCGCUUACCCGCGCGCAUACGGAAUGGCUGCGCGUUUACACUUCUUUGUAACCGCUUGGCGGUUGGGCGCUGACGCACGACGUUCCUGCUUCUGAGCAUUUGAGGCGGGUAUCCGUUAUGUAUUUUCCAACACAUGUCUUUCCAUUGGCGAGUGUUUGUUUUAUUUCACUAUGCUCAUUAGUCGCCAGACGGGUUUCCGCCGAACUCUGGAUUAUGUAUACGUAGAGGUGCAAGUUGGAAUCAGCUAGCGCAAGACGCGUAAUUGGAGAUCGCAGGGACAUAAAUGUAGGCUGAUGAUGGUGAUGAUUACGCUUUUCACCGUCGUGUACUCCGAAGUUGCGAGACGAAUCGUUCAUUCCAUCGCUCUUUCAAAUUAAAUACCUAUGUAAACGCUCAAAAGCUACAGCGAAAACUGGCGUUCUAUGUAUUCAUGUGCACUUUAGGGGGAGAGCAGCAUAUCAUGCGUUUCAUCUAGACGUGUUCAUUUUGCCCAAUUAUUUGCUACAAGAGCGCGGUGAUUUUAGAAGAGCACCACAUAAUAUAGAGUGUUUCCAGAAAUUUUAAUACCGCAAACUUUAUUUGCGACGUACUUGAAAUGUUUUGAACAAACUUGCUCUGUAUAUUUACUUGGAAUAUUUUUCACAAUAAAUAGAAAC